CCCCAAAAAUAGUCCCUCAAAGAGAACCUGGUAGGUAGAAGUCAAGGAAAUGGCUGAGUUGCCAACCAUGUCCUCCCAGUAAUCCAGAAUGGUGACUCUAAUCUAUGUCGAUAAGGAGAAUGGAGAACCAGAAUGUCAUGUGGCACCUAAAGAUAGGCUGAAGUCAAUCAAAGCCUUAUCUGGAAGAGUUCAGAUUUCAACUCCCAAGACUGGCAAAGUGUUUGCUGCAACUCCAACUUUAUCCAAAUCUGUCAGAAAGGGGCCUGUCAACAGGACGACAGAAAAGGAAAACUUGGUGGAGAAGAGAAAAGGACCUGUCAAACAGAAAGGGCAAAACUUCACAGCCAAAAAUGUGACUGAAAAGAUUCCUACAGAAAAAACCUCAGUUCCGUUCUCAAAUGAAACAUGUCCAGAAAUAGAAAACUUCUUUCCCUUCAACCCACUAGAAUUUGAGAGUUUUGACAUUCCUGAAGAACACCAGCUUGCAAAUCUGCCACUGACUGGUGUCCCCCUCAUAAUGCUUAAUCCGGAAAAGUCGUUUGAAAGACUUGUAGAACUUCCACCUUCACCUGAUCAGUGUCUUAGGUUUAAAAGGCAGGAAAGGGUUCCAUAUGUGAACCGUACACAUAUCAUGAAUCAAGUGGAAGCUUUGAAUGGCAAUUAA